UCCCGGAAACUGGGGUUCGUAAACCUGGUGUUGUCGGUUGUCUCAAGUGAUAGAGUUAUCUCUCUUUAGCUUUUGUACAGCUCUUUCACAAGGUCAAAGGAAAAAUGUCAGCCGUGGAAAAGAAUGCCGAGUAUGAGGAGCUGAAGAAGAAAAUCUGGUGCCCUCCCUUCGAUGCCAGGUUCCCCAACCAGAACCAGACAAGAAAUUGCUGGCAAAACUAUGUAGAUUACUUCCGCUGCCAGAAGAUCAAGGGUGAGGACUAUGCUCCAUGUGAAUACUUCAAAAAGGUUUACACCCAUUUAUGCCCAGGAUUUUGGGUAGAGCAGUGGGAUGACCAAAGAGAGAAUGGCGUCUUCCCCGGGAAGAUCUAGGCGCUGUUGCACUACUACUUCUACUAAUCAACAGUUGACCUGUGUGCAAGGGCGUGUGUGCUGACAUAUUUUGUGUGAUGGAAGAGAAAAUAGCGACCAGUGGGAAGGAGUCAGGUCAAAAGUCAUUUCACCCCGUUUUUGACAUGACCUUGAAGCACUCUUUCGGCAUGAAAAGACUGCAGAACCAGUAGAAAUGAAAGAGUCUUGCAAUUCUUUCUUAUGGUCUUCAAGUCUGUACGAGUUGUACUAGUUUAUACAAAGGCAUGGGUGAAUUGUGAAGAAAAUUAGUUUGUCAUUAAACUAUUGUGUCAAUUGAUCACA